AGUGAUUCGCAAAACCAAAUUUUGAUGAGGGGAUGAACGAAUCAGACGAGCAGGACCCAUGUGUCUAUGUUGAACCGCGGUUUGUUUACGAAAGGUUCAUCCUUGUGGCAAUCGUGGGUACCAGUGUCGCUUUGCUCAACAUCCUCGAAAAUGUCUUCCUUUGUUUUAUUCUUUUCGGCAAGAAAUCCUACCGCUCAUCCCACUGCCUCUAUCUCGCUCUCCUUGCUUUCUUCGACAUCUUCAUAGCAGGUGCCUACAUUCCACUGAUGAGCUUAAAUCUGCUUGUGGACUAUUGGAAAUCGGUUGUUUUGCUGCGAGCAUGGUUCACAUAUAUGAUACCAAUGAUAACCGUAUCACAUAUCGCUAUGACUGCGUCGUCAUUUCUGAUGGUGGCUGCAAGCUUUGAACGAUACUGUGUCACAGUACAUCCUCAAUACACUAAUUUUCUCAACCGAAACAGGAACCGCAUAGCAGCUGCUGCCGUGUUUCUCGGUGUAGCCACGAAAUGCACCCAUCCUUUUGAGUUUGAGAUUACUUACGUCCCUGCAUGCCACGGUACAAUGAACGAGUACGAAUUAGGACUAUCAGCUCUUGCCCAGGACGAGAUCUACAACGCCUACUGGAGGAUAUGGUUUCGCUCAGUGUUCACCAUUCUUAUUCCAUUUUUUCUGCUUGCAUAUAUGAAUGUUCGAAUUGUUCUUGUCAUUCAAAGGACAGAAUUUCAAUUCAUUAGUGCUCAAAAGCUUAGCGACGCUAAGAGAAAGUCAAGAGUGCGAGCUGCAACACGGACCCUAGUCUUCGUGGUGGCUACCUACUUGCUGUCAAAUAUUCUCAAUGUCAUUAUCACUAUCUGGGAAUAUAUAGACUAUUACUCAGUUACUGUAACCUUCUAUAAUUUCUAUAUCUUUGCCGUGGAUGUGGUGUCGCUGUCAACGAUAAUCGCUGGUGCGCUACGACUUCCAAUCUAUGUAUGCUGUCAAUCGGAACUGAGGAAAGAGUUUGCCGCCAAAUUGAAAGGAAUAUUCAGGAAACGAUCAUACAAAGGUUACAAUCAAACAGUAAUGACAACAUUGGGUACGGACGAUACUCGCGAAGAUGGUCAACGUAAUGGCAGUGCUGUGGAUGAUGAAGAUUCAUCAUCUCCGCCACCGUAUCCUGGUCUAUUUUUCAAAUUUGGCACUGGUCUUCUACCGGAGCGCGAUAGUGACAAUAAUUGCAAUAUAAUUAAGAAUGACAUGUGCUUAUAAUUGCAAGACGUGUGCCAUUUUUCCAGAUAUGCUUCUGUAUAUAAUGUAUAUGCUCUAAUUGUAGAUAAUUUCGAUUUUCGAAAUGCGGGUUUGUUUGCAAUACUUAACAUUUUUUAAUGAAUGGUGUUUGUUGACAUGGAUAAUAGCACUUUGUCUCUAGCAAUACUAAUGUCAUGCUUCUAUCG